AAAAAAAAAAAGAAAAAGAAAAUCCAUUUUGACUAGUCUAAUUCAUUCUACGAAACUGGCCCACUAAUUUAACUCGUAAAGCACACAGAGAGAGCGACCGACAGAAAGUAACCGUUCCACACCACGAGGACCAACGCUUUUCUUUUCUCCACAGUUAUAUGGAGGCUAAGCUUUGAGCUUUUCAAUAUUUCUCAUCAAAUAAUUAUACUAUUACGGUUCCAUUGCCUGCUCAAUUGCACAUUCCCUUUUCUAUCUCUAGCUUUGUGCAUGCAUGAUAGCAGCUAGCCUCCAGAUCCAUUAAUAUUGACUCCGCAGUCUUCUCAGAAGCUUAAAGGUGGAGGAACUCUCUCCAAUCCUAUCAAUUCAGCCAACCCUACCACAAAAGAAAAGAAAUAAAACCCCCUCCAUUUUCCUUCUCCGCUCUCUAUCUCUAUCCUCCUACUUCUCCCAACAGCUUCUUGUGGAUGUGAUUCUCCACCAUCUCUAAGGCCCAUCAUCCUUAAGAAACAAAAGGAGAAGAAGAGGAAGAAAGAUCAAAGGGGAAAAAAUUAACAUCGUUUUUUCCUUAGUUCCGGUCUAUCUUGAUCCCCCCCAACUCGAAUCAGUUGAGUCACUUCCCUUUCUUUCUUUCCCUUCCUUCCAAACACCUGCUGUGGAUGGAGAGGUCGAUAUUAGUGAGGCCGAAGGUGUGGCCUGCACAGAGAGAUUGAAGAAGACACACAAAAAAGGGAGAAACGGUGCUGCUGGAGCCUGCUUCGGUACCAAGUGCUCCUUGAUUUUGCCUCCGCCUUCUAACAAGAAGAGCCCUGCUGCCACCGCAACCGACAUUAAUCCUGCUAGGGAAGGGAGUAGCCAGAGAGGCCAGAGACAUGAUUUCCGGGCCGUUGCUGAUUCUUGAGCUGCUGCUAUUACUGGCGGCAGCAUCGUUCGGUACAUACACGUCGGGGGCAGAGAACUCAUCAUCUCCGCUGACUUGUGCCAACGUUCCCUACCCCUUCGGCUUAUCCGGUAAAGCUAUGAAAGGCUUCGAAAUAGGCUGCAAUGGCACUUCUCCAAUUUUGCAGCUGGGCAACGAUACUUACAAGAUUGAAGACAUCUCGCUGCUGCAAGGCAAUCUGAGCAUCUACGUUGGUGCUAUUGGUCAGAGCUGCGAAGGGAAUUUCAAACAAGAAUCCGGCUGGAUCGACCUGAAGGGAACCCCCUACACGAUAUCGGACACAGAGAGCUCGGGGAACAUGUUGACGAUUAUUGGUUGUGCGGCUGAGGUACUUCUCCAAGGGCCUUCUGGUACCUCGUCUUGUGCUGCCUUCUGUGACUCCACUGUUGACGCUCUGAACGGUGGAUCUUGCUUGGACCUCUUGGGCUGUUGUCAGGCCUCUAUCCCUAAAGGUCUCAAGAGCUUCAACAUGUUAUUGGAAAGCGUUGCUGAUGUCCGAAGCAAGUACCGCACAAUCAAUAUUAGCAACGUAAGGAUAGGGUGCAGCCGGGCCUUCUUUGUUAAGGAAAGCAAGUUCACAUACUCCAUGGAGAUGCUGCCAGAUGUUAUGUCCGGCAUAUUCUCACAUGAUCUUUACCUAAUGGUGUUCGAUUGGGCUAUUGGGAAUAAGACAUGUGAAGAAGCGAGAAGAAAUAUGGAAACCUAUGCUUGCAGGAACAACAGUUAUUGUUACAAUUCAACCAAUGGGUUUGGGUAUCGCUGCAAUUGUAGCCAAGGAUACUACGGAAAUCCUUACAUUGAAAAUGGAUGUACAGAUAUUAACGAGUGCGAGGAUCCAGAGGGCAAUCCUUGCGUGGGAAGAUGCAUCAACGAGCCAGGAAGCUUUUCUUGCCCCUGUCCGCAUAAUAAACAUGGUGAUGGUAGAAAGCAGGGAAGCGGCUGCACGAAGAAGGAAAAUGAGACACCCUCCUCACUGGAUGUUGCAUUGGGUGUGGGGUUAAGCGUCUCGUUUAUUCUAGUCAUUGGAAGUUUGUUGUCAUACUGGGUCUCAAAGAAAAGAAAACUAAUAAAGAUGAAAGAAAAGUUCUUUCAACAAAAUGGAGGCUUGUUUCUGCAGCAGCAAAACUUAAGUCAAGGUUCUAAUGCGGCACUGAAAAUCUUCAGUCUAAAAGAACUAGAAAAGGCAACCAACAACUUCAGUGAGAACCAAAUCCUUGGUCACGGUGGUUAUGGUACUGUAUUCAAAGGUGUUUUGCCAAGCCAGAAUGUUGUCGCCAUCAAGAAGCCCAAAUUUGUUGACCAGAGCCAGAUCGAGCAAUUUAUCAAUGAGAUCUUCAUCCUUUCUCAAAUCAAUCAUAGAAAUGUUGUCAGACUCUUGGGCUGCUGUUUAGAGACCCAAGUUCCAUUACUUGUGUACGAGUUCAUAUCCAACGGAACUCUGUUCCACCAUAUCCAUGGUGAGAGUCAUGAUUACUCAAUGCCAUGGAAAGUUCGUUUAAGGAUAGCUACAGAAGCUGCUGAAGCAUUGGCAUAUCUACACUCAACUGCUUCAGUACCAAUCAUUCACAGAGAUAUUAAGUCCGCAAACAUACUGUUAGAUGAGAAUUAUACAGCUAAAGUAUCAGAUUUUGGAGCCUCAAGGUCAGUCCCAUUUGAUCAAACACAUGUAACCACCCUCGUGCAAGGGACAUUUGGAUACUUAGAUCCAGAAUACUUCCACACAAGCAAGCUAACAGAGAAGAGCGAUGUCUAUAGCUUUGGGGUAGUUCUUGUAGAGCUAUUAACCAGAGAGAUUCCAGUCUCUUUUGCUAGGUCAGAAGAUCAGAGGAAUUUAGCUACGUAUUUUACGUUGAUGUUUGAUGAGCAAUGCCUUCUUCAGCUAGUAGAGCCUCAAAUUGUAGAGGAAGCUGGAAUAGAGCAACUCUUUAUUGUUGCACAACUUGCGAGGAGGUGCUUAAAUUUGAAAGGAGAAGAGAGGCCAACUAUGAAAGAAGUUUCCAUGGAGUUAGAAGGGCUAAGGAGGUUCCAUAAGCAACAGCUGGCUCCCCAAAAUCUGGAUGAAGUGGAACACUUGCCAGACUGCAAGGAUGGAAAGUGAUUUGAACUGGAUCUUUGUUUUCGAUCCAAAGGGAUAGAAAUCAUCAAUGCCUUUCCAAAUGAUGAGUUUUGCUUAGUACCAUUGAAUCAAUCUGUUUCGAUGAUGAGUGAGGUGUCAUCCAUGGUAGCAGAUCCAUGAGUGAGGAAUACAAAUGGAUUGGAGAAGGUUAAGCUUUGUGUGCCUUGCUUUGGUCUUCCAUGAGGGAGAUACUAUAAGUCCAGGGGCGGCCCAAUACAUCUGGGGGCCCAAGGCGAAUUCAGUAAAUGGGGCCUCUUUUUUUUAAAUAAUAAUUUUUUUAAUAAAUAUAAAAUACUUAAAAAAAUGUUAUGGAAAUAGAUUGCUGUCAAGUACACUAUUUCAACAAAGAUGCAUUAAUCUAAUAAAGGUCGACAAAAAGCCUCUUCAGUUUAAUAUAAUUCUUGAAUGAAAAUAUUAAAAAAAAUACUUAAAAAAAAAGGGCCAUGGAACUGUUCUUGGCAAUAGUGUUUACCAUGUGAAGCAAGAGCAGAAUAGGAAAAAGGCCAUCCCAUGGCGCUUCACGGUCAAAAAAUUUGUCCAAGAGAAAGUAGGGUUAUUAUGGAAAAUUCACUCCAUCUAAUUAAUAAAAGUCCCAUCCCACCGUCUUCCCUUCAAGUGAGUACCCAAGCAGCCCCUGCAACAUCACGGAACAGCAGCCAUUCAACCCCCCCUCCCUCCUUCUCUUUCUCUACCCUCCUUUUCUUUUGCUAAAGACCAUCUCCCCCUUCAAGUGAGCACCGAAGCUGCAACUGCAACAUCACGGCACAACAGCCAUUCAACCCC